AUGACGUAUGUUAAGCGCGUUAAUGUGACGUAUUUCCUGUUACUCCCGAAUAGUUACUAGAGCACUGGAGCUGUCACUGUAAAUAUGACAGAAUUACUGGAGCUGCAGAACCGAGUGCGGGAGCUGGAGAGGCGGCUGUACGGGCAAAGCGGCCCGGGGGGCGGGAAGAUUGCAGAUGGCCUAAUAAAAGUCCAGGUGGCCCUGGGGAACAUUGCAGGCAAGCGGGAGCGAGUAAAAACCUUAUAUAAGAAAAUUGAAGACCUGAUGAAGUAUCUGGACCCACAGUACAUAGACAGAAUGGCUGUUCCUGAUGCCAUGAAGCUGGAGUUCAUCUUAGCAGAGGAGCAGUAUAUUUUGUCGCAAGUGGCUUUACUGGAACAGCUGAAAACCCUGCAGCCGUAUCUGGACAGCGAGCAUCUUAAAGGUGUCACAGCACAGGCCUCCAAGUUACAAGCCCUGUCCCAGAUCCACAUAAAGCAACAGGAUCAGUGCGGGGAAAUAACAGAGGAAAGCAAGAGGCUGCUGGAAGAUUACAACAAGAUGACGGUUUUGCUAUCCAAGCAGUUUGUGUUAUGGGAUGAGACCCUGAGUCAGCUUGAGGCUGCAAAGCAAACAAAGCAGAUUUCGGAGUGACGCAAGAAAUUAACCUGACUGCAGAUCUAGCACGGCACCAGUUAUUUAUUAGUUAAUUGUGUAUUCUGUUUACCCUCAUGUAUAAUUCCUCACCCGGCCUAUCAGCUCCCUCCUCAGCAGUGACGUUCUGGUCUGGGCCUUGCUUGCCGACGUUUUGCAAAACUGUGGCAUGGGUGGCAGCCGUACUGCAAAAACUGACCAAAAUAACCAGGAGAUGAUAAAAGGUAAAUCUCUCUGGAACUUCUGCCUCCCCCCAAAGCUAUAAGAUGUUAAUGUUAGAAGGAUUUCAUAAAUAAAAUAAUUUAAAUUUCUGUCAUUUUGUUGAUGUAUAAUCCUGAGCAUGACUAUUAAAGGGGUCCCUCACUAUGCCACUUUAUGAGAGGGCUCCUGCACUGAUCACCCUGUUGUCAGUAUAUGGCUGGGUUAUAACACCAUAUAUUUAAUAAUUAUCCUUUAAACUAAACCCCAAUAAAAUAUGCAUAUACUAAAAACCAUAAAAUUAAUAUAAAUUUCUGAAUUCUUUUUAUUAGUUAAUAUCUAUAAACACAUUGAAAUAUAUUUGUAGGGACCAGAAUGUGAGUCAAUACUAUACACGUUUAAAACUAUUACUAUAUGCUAAUCUCAUAAAAGCCUUAUUUACAAUACCCUCCCAAGUCAGAGUUGUAUUUCAAGUAUCACAGUGAGACUAAGAUAUAAUCCAUUAACAUUCAGCAAUACAAUCAGCUACGAUUGAUUCUAAUACAAUUCUAAUUAGGACACUAAAAGUACAUAUAUUCUUAAUGUAAACAUGUAAACAGUCAUUUAUCUAAGCUGAAACAAAUUCUUAGUUACUUACAAUUAAAACCAAUUCUGAGUUAUAAAUCUAUAUUUGCAAUGAAAAACUUAGUAUUAAGGAUAUAUGUUUUAAAAUACACAGAGUAUGAAUGUAAGCUACAAUACAAACUGCUCUCUUUAAUCUAUUACCUACAGCAACAAUGAAUGUUUGUUUUAAAAUAUUUCCUAUAAUUAGUAACCUUUUAUACUUUACCAAAAUAACCAAAAUCGAUAAUUCAGUUUCCAAAAACUUCUUGUUUCAUCUCAGAAGAUAAAUAAGUAUAUUUUGCAAUCAAUGAAAAAAGGUAGCCAACUUUGCUUAGAAUAACUGUAUUUCAAACGCCCAGCAGUCUCUUAUCAAUAAAGGUCAGCAGCA